UUGUGCGCCUGCGCACUGGAACUGGCAGCCCGGUGCUAGUACGGCUAGGCGCUGUGUGUGCCCUCUUUGGGCCAACUAUGGCGGGCGCAGUCUUCCUCCCGGGUGUCCUGGGGCUGCUGCUUGUUGCUGCGCUUCUCGGGGUCCUUGGAGAACACCCCAGUCCCGACCUCGGAGCACACCCAGGGCCCCGCGUCCAGGUCGGCCCUGGGGCCACCGAACCCCGGCGGCGCCGGCCACCCGAGGACCAGCGCCAGCGGGCCCGCGCCGGGGCGCUGCCUCUGGGGGCGCUGUACACCGCGGCCGUCGUGGCCUUUGUGCUGUACAAGUGUCUGCAGGGCAAAGAUGAGGCUACAGUUCUCCAAAAGGAAAAAGGCCAGAAGAAAUCACUGCAGUCAGAACAACAACUGGCUCAGUUGACACAACAACUGGUCCAGACAGAGCAGCACCUGAACAACCUGGUGGCCCAGCUAGACCCCCUUUUUGAGCGGGUGACUACUCUGGUUGGAGCCCAGCGAGAGCUUCUGAACAUAAAGCUACAGACCAUCCACCAACUUCUGCAAGACUGCAAACAGGACAAGGAUGUGGGGGUUCCAGAGCCAGAAGCCAGCACACUCUUUCCUGAGGUUCUGAGAAAAAAGGAUGAGCAGGAAGCUGGUGACAGUGAGACCCAGGAGGAGCCCAUAAACUGGAGCCCAGAGACAUGGAACCUAGCUACUUCCUGGGAAGUGGAACAGGGGCUAAGGAGAAGAUGCGGCAAGGCUUUCACAAAGGGCCCCAGCAGCUGAAG